GAAAUAUAAAAUCGUCCUUCAUUGAGUCAUUGACGUUUGACAACUUCUGUCUUCUUUUCUGUUUACUGUCAAGAGAUAGUUGCAGUGUAUUCAAAAUGGGUCGUGUAAGAACUAAGACUGUCAAAAAGGCAGCGAAAAUCAUUAUUGAAAAAUACUACACCAGGCUGACUUUGGAUUUUGAUACUAACAAGAGAAUAUGCGAGGAAAUAGCCAUUAUUCCAACCAAGCCUCUUCGUAACAAAAUUGCUGGCUUCGCCACUCAUUUGAUGAGGCGUCUCAGACAUUCCCAAGUAAGAGGUAUCUCCAUCAAGUUGCAAGAGGAGGAGCGUGAGAGGAGGGACAACUAUGUUCCAGAAGUUUCUGCCCUGGAACAUGACAUCAUUGAAGUUGACCCAGACACUAAGGAAAUGUUGAAGAUGCUCGACUUCAACAACAUCAAUGGGCUCCAACUGACGCAACCCGCAACUCAGGGUGGCUAUGGCGGCAGACGUAAUUAAGGAUAAUAAAUUUUAAAAAUAA